AUUUUUUUUUGCCAAAAGUUUUAACAGAAAGUUCCACUUUUCUUUUUAGUUUUAUUAAUUAGAAAGUUUACAAUGUCUUUUUAUCAUUCUUAAGCUUUUUCUUUUUUGUACUUUUUUCCUGGGUUGACUUUGUUAGUGCAUGCUGACAACCGCUACUUAUAUUUUUAUUUGUUUCAAUUCACGUGGAUAAGGGGUUUACUAAAAAACGUUGUGUGAACGUGUUUUUUGUGCUCGCUUAUUCUAUGUGGAAUCUAGGUCUUACUGUCACUGUUGUGAAUAGUGCUCUUAUUUAUUACUCAAAUGUCUUGAUUCAUUAUUACUCCAUUUCUCGCUUGUUUUUCCCUCUUCGAAUUUUAAGUUUUAAUUUCUUUUCCCCUUGGUUGCUUUAAAUCGUCAAUGCCGUGGUGGGACUUGAGAUCUGUAUUCUUUUUCAUGAAUUUCAGAGGCUUUCUACGGUCUCAGAACGGAUCAAGUCAAAGGUUGGAAACUUCUGCUGGAUUUUCUCAACAGUUUCUGCCGCUGAUAGCACACGAGAAACACCAGCAGGGCAGAAUGAGGGACGCCCAGCUUGUAUCACAUACUGUGAGGUCUCAUGGUAUUACGGUGGCAAGGACCCAUUUGAAUGACUGGAUGAUCCUACUACUACUUUUUAUGAUAGUUAUCCUUUUGAAUGCUAUCCAUCCGUUUUAUCGGUUUGUCGGGAAAGACAUGAUGGAAGAUCUCAAGUAUCCUUUAAAAAGUAAUACUGUACCUAUGUGGGCUGUGCCGGUGUAUGCUGUUCUGCUGCCUAUGGUUGUUUUUUUGCUCGUUUAUUUUCGGCGAAGAGAUGUCUAUGAUCUUCAUCAUGCCAUAUUAGGGCUGUUGUUCUCUGUUCUGGUAACAGCUGUUAUCACAGAUGCUAUAAAAGAUGCAGUUGGACGGCCCAGGCCAGACUUCUUCUGGCGCUGUUUUCCAGAUGGAAAAGAUGUUUACGAUAAAUGGGGAGAUGUUGUAUGCCAUGGUGAUAAAAAUGUUAUCAAGGAAGGGCAUAAGAGUUUUCCAAGUGGGCAUACCUCCUGGUCCUUUGCUGGUCUUGGCUUUCUAUCGCUUUAUUUAUCUGGCAAGAUACAAGUCUUUGACUGUAGAGGACAUGUUGCGAAACUGUGUCUUGUGUUACUUCCUCUUCUUCUUGCAUCUCUGGUUGCCAUUUCUCGGGUGGAUGACUAUUGGCAUCAUUGGCAGGAUGUGUUUGCUGGAGGUCUAAUUGGUCUUGUAGUUGCAGCAUUAUGCUAUCUGCAGUUUUUCCCACCUCCAUAUCAUGAUCAAGGCUGGGCAACUUAUGCGUACUUCCGUGUGCUGGAGGAGUCCCAGGGAACUGCUCAAGCUGAUAAUGGUGAAAAUGCCGAUGCAAAUAAUACACGCAUCACAGAGGUUCAAAUAGAAAGUCGACCGAACGAGAGAAACGACAACGGGUCUAUGGGCAUUUCUUUGUCAGGGGAUUCUGGUCCAACUGUGGAAGAUUUAGAAUCUGGGAGGAGAUAGUUUAGUUUGAGGCAAUUGAUAGAUGGAAUGGCUCAAACAAACACUGCCCCAGUACAUGCUUGUUAUUGCAGAAAUGACCUGUUUUGAAGAAUAGAUUCAUGGAAUAGACUAGAUUUCAUUCUUCCCACUCUGAUCACAGGGCAUAUCCUAGCAUGUAAAAACUUGUAUUUUUCUUUCUUAUUGUUCAAUUUGUAUCCUAAGUGUUAUUGAAUUCUACUGUAGUUGGUACAGAUUUAGCUGAUCGGGAAGAUGUAUGAUACUGUUACCCGUAACAGCAGUUUCGAGGGCACUGACUUGAGAAUAUUUUUGUGUAGUGUGAGUAUGUUGUAAGCAGAUUAUAACAAAAUUCUCUUUCCAUGUUA